UCGCACCAACAUAACUCUUCUUCUUUUCCUUUUCUUGUCUUCCCCUUUCCCUUCCUCGGGAUCUGAUAUCUCUCUCUCUGUCUCUCUCGACAAGAAGAAGACAAAUCUUCAGACAACUUCUAGUUAAGUUAGUUCGAGUUCCAUUCCCAACGAAACCCUUUUUAUUGCAUCCAUUCGUCUUUCUGUGUUCUUUUCACGGAGUUCAGUGUAGACUUGCAAAAGUUCAUUGAAAAGUCGGCUUAAGAUAACUGAUAUAUUAUGUUGACCGUGUGGCAUUUAACUUAAUGCAGGUUUUGAGUAAAUCUUGGGAGAUCAAUAUGAAUACUUUCCCGCAUGUUCCUCCAGGAUUUCGAUUCCAUCCCACAGAUGAAGAACUUGUGGAUUACUACCUUAGGAAAAAGGUUGCUUCCAAAAUGAUAGAUCUGGAUGUCAUCAGAGAUGUUGAUCUUUAUAAAAUUGAACCAUGGGACCUUCAAGAAUUAUGCAGAAUAGGGAAUGAAGAGCAGAAUGAAUGGUAUUUCUUUAGCCAUAAAGACAAGAAGUAUCCCACAGGUACUCGAACCAACAGGGCAACAAAAGCAGGAUUCUGGAAAGCUACAGGAAGAGACAAGGCUAUAUACUCCAGGCAUAGCCUCGUUGGCAUGAGAAAAACCCUAGUCUUCUACAAAGGACGAGCUCCAAAUGGACAAAAGUCAGAUUGGAUCAUGCAUGAAUAUCGACUUGAAACAAAUGAAAAUGGAAGUCCGCAGGCAAAAGGAUGGGUGGUUUGCAGGGUGUUCAAGAAGAAAAUGGCAACAGUUCGGAAAAUGGGAGAAUAUGAUUCACCGUGUUGGUAUGAUGACCAGGUCUCCUUCAUGCAGGAACUCGAUUCCCCGAGGCGCAUCCCUCAGCCUUACACACAAUAUCACCAUCAUUAUCCUUGCAAGCAGGAGCUGGAGCUGCAGUAUAAUUUGCCACAUGACCCUUACCUCCAGCUCCCUCAGCUUGAAAGCCCCAAAGUUCCACAAUCAGGCACCAGAAGUGUUAGCUGCAUUAAUUCUGUUGUUCCCUUAGCUGGAAACACUUUGCAGUUAUCACUGUCCCAAGAAGAACAAAUGCAGCCAGGAGGCCACCACCAGAGCCUGAACUCAGUUUAUGGAAACAGCAACGAUCAAGCGGUGGAUCAAGUCACAGAUUGGCGAGUUUUAGACAAAUUUGUAGCAUCUCAGCUCAGCCAUGAGGAUGCUUCCAAGGAAAACAACUACUCCAAUGCAUCGACCUUUCAAGUUGCUGAACAGUUGAAUAUACUUGGCAGUGCUGAAUCUGAAAGGUCAUCAGAAAUUGCUGCUCAUCAUCAGGAAUUUGCCAGAUUGAUCUGUGGAAGUGAAGCUGUGAAAGCAUAUUCUACUAAUUAGAGGAUACAUAUGCAAGUACUAAUUAACUAUAGGAAGUACAAGUAUAAGAAUAUAUAUAAGAAAGAACCUCGAUCGAUCCUUGAUGGUUUCUGUACAUGAUAAAGCUAAUGGUAUUGCACUGGACUUAUGGUCUCCUCUGUUUGGAUUUAUACCAGUAUCUAGCUAGUUCCUUGACUGAAAAAUGCAAGUAAAAUAAACUAGCUUUCUUAGG